UUUUGAUUCUCUUUAGGCGGUGAAGCAAACGAGAGAGAGAGAGAGAGAGAGAGAGAGAGAGAGAGAUAUUUUUCCUCUCCGUUAAAGGCGAACAGUUCUACUCAAUUCAGCUAGUUCUCAGUCUGGAUGAAAACCCUACUUGUUUCGGAAAAGAUAUGAAAUUGCCUUCUCACAUUAAUUUCUGCGUAAUUUCUGUUCUUCAGAAAGAAUUUUGAACCGUUUAAACACCAAAACAAUCUUUAUCGAGGGUUUGAGCUAUGGAGAUUGGUGUUGCAUGGAAGCCAGGGUUGGUAAUGUAGGCUGUGAUCCGUCUAGCUUAGUAGGAUCAGAGGUUGGUUGUGGAGAAUAUCGUGAAAGAAGUGCAAGUUUUGAUCGUUCAGCUCUUCUGAUCAGUCUUUAAGCUUUUUUAUUUUCACUUGUUAUGUUCUUCUUUGUUGGGUUGGAACUCCGGCCAUGGCUCAGAGUAACUGGGAAGCAGAUAAGAUGCUUGAUGUUUACAUAUAUGAUUAUUUGUUGAAAAGAAAUCUGCAUGCUUCUGCAAAGGCUUUCAUGACUGAAGGGAAGGUCGCUGCAGAUCCAGUUGCAAUUGAUGCUCCUGGAGGAUUUCUGUUUGAAUGGUGGUCUGUCUUCUGGGACAUCUUCAUUGCAAGGACAAAUGAGAAGCAUUCCGAGGUUGCUGCAGCUUAUAUAGAGGCACAACAAAUCAAGGCGAGGGAGCACCAACAACAGCAGCUGCAAAUGCAGCAAUUGCAAAUUAUGCAGCAGCGGCAUGCUCAAUUGCAACGAAGAGAUCCUAAUCAUCCUUCCCUUGGUGGGACAAUAAAUGCAAUGAACUCUGAAGGAAUGCUUGGACAGUCUAAUGCUAGUGUCUUGGCUGCAAAAUUGUAUGAAGAACGAAUGAAACAUCCUCACUCGAUGGAUUCAGAUGCGCCCCCACAACUUCUUGAUGCUAGUAGGAUUGCCCUCCUGAAAUCAGCAAGCACUCAUCCAGGCCAGUUGGUCCAAGGCAACCCAGGAAGUGUGUCUGCAGCACUACAGCAAAUGCAGGCACGAACACAGCAGACAACUGACAUCAAGCCAGAAGUUAACUUGGGUGUAAACCAAAGAUCUUUGCCAAUGGAUCCUUCAUCACUUUAUGGACAGGGGAUUAUGCAGUCAAAAUCUGGACCAGGCAGUGCAGGAUUGAACCAAGGUGUCAGUGGCCUUCCCUUGAAGGGUUGGCCAUUACAUGGCAUUGAUCAAAUACGGCCAAAUUUAGGCGCACAAGUACAAAAGCCAUUUACAUCAAACCCAAAUCAAUUUCAGCUUUUGACUCCGCAGCAACAGCAACAGUACUUGGCACAGGCUCAGGCACAAGGAAACCUUGGUAGUGCACCUAACUAUGGAGACAUGGAUCCUCGAAGAUUUAGGGUUUUACCUAAGGGUAACUUGAACUCAAAAGUUGGUCAACCUACAGGAAAUGAUGGAUCUAUAGGUUCGCCAAUGCAAUCAAGUUCACCAAAGGUUAGAGGGCCUUCCCAAGAUCAAGCAGAAUAUAUCAUGAAGAUGAAAAUGGCCCAGAUGCAGCAGCCGUCCUCUCAACAGCAGCAGGAUCACCUACAGCAACAACAACUGCAACAGAAUAACAGAAAAAGGAAACAACCAACUUCUUCUGGAGCUGCUAACAGUACUGGUACUGGGACUACAGUGGGCCCUUCCCCUAACUCCCAGCCAUCUACUCCAUCAACUCAUACACCUGGUGAUACAGUGGCUUUGGCCGGUGGUCUGCCGCAUGUCAACAGUAUAUCAAAAAGUUUGAUGAUGUAUGGUCCAGAUGGGACAGGUGGCCUUGCAUCAUCUUCAAAUCAACUGGAAGACAUUGAACAUUUUGGAGAUGUUGGUUCAUUGGAUGAUCAUGUGGACUCAUUUCUUUCUCAUGAUGAAGGAGAUGGAAGGGAUCUAUUUGGCACAUUAAAACGAAGUCCAGCUGAGCACAAUACAGAGUCUUCUAAGGGCUUUAGCUUCAAUGAAGUUGGCUGCAUACGAACGAGCGAUAGCAAAGUUGUCUGCUGUCAUUUCUCAUCAGAUGGAAAAUUGUUGGCUAGUGCAGGGCAUGAGAAGAAGGCUGUUCUUUGGAACAUGGACACUCUGCAAUCAGAGAGCACUCCAGAGGAACACACUCUUAUUAUUACAGAUAUUCGUUUUAGACCAAAUUCAACUCAGCUGGCUACGUCUUCAUUUGAUAGGACUGUGCGACUUUGGAAUGCAGCAGACCCAAACUACUCUCUGCAUACAUAUACUGGCCAUGGUUCACAUGUGAUGUCACUUGAUUUCCACCCGAAGAAAACGGAUGUUUUCUGCUCUUGUGAUGGUAAUGCCGAAAUUCGCUUUUGGAAUGUCAAUCAAUAUUCAUGCACAAAGAUUUCCAAGGGAGGCAUGGCGCAGGUGAGGUUUCAACCUAGAAUUGGGCAGCUACUAGCAGCAGCAGCUGACAAUGUUGUGUCCAUUUUUGAUGUUGAGAGUGACAGGCAGACACACUCCUUACAGGGGCAUUCAAAAGAGGUAAACUCAGUCUGCUGGGAUACAAAUGGAGAUUAUUUGGCUUCUGUGAGCCAGGAUUGUGUGAGGGUGUGGUCCAUAACUUCAGGCGAGUGCAUACAUGAGCUUAGCUCCAAUGGGAACAAAUUCCACUCCUGUGUAUUUCAUCCAAGUUUUUCCACACUCUUGGUGAUUGGUGGUUACCAGUCGUUGGAGUUGUGGAACAUGGCUGAGAACAAGAGCAUGACAGUUCCUGCACACGAGGGUCUGAUUGCAGCAUUGGCUCAGUCACCUGUCACUGGGAUGGUUGCCUCCGCAAGUCAUGACAAAUCCGUUAAGUUGUGGAAAUAAGAUGGUUGGUUUUGUUUUUCUCCGCUUCCUCCUGUGUAAGAGCAUUUGGUGUUGCCCAGUCAAUUCCAGUGUAAAUCAGAAAAAUUGUCAAAAUGUAUGAUUGUUUUGAUUUCCUUUUUCCCUUAAAUCUUUCCUCCUCUAUUUCUUAUCAUUUUCGUUUUAAAUCUAAUAAACUGGGAAAUGAGGCUACCUUCCUGUUUCAAAUUGUGGUUUGUUAGGAGAGUGUAUGUAUUACUAGUUGUUUGGGCCAAAUUACAGGGAAGAAAUGAGAGGAGAAACAGGAGGAUAAAGCGCAGUUAGUUGAAGGGUGAGCUUGUGCGGUAUAGCAAAGAUGAAGUAGAUGGAAAGGUGAUUCUGGUUACCUUGAGUACAGUUGGGAAUUAAUUUGAGAUUAAUGUUAGUUUCAGUUUGGACAUGUGACAGAAUACCUAGUGAUAUUUCCAAAAAUUUUACUUGUAUAAUGUAUUAAUCAUAAUCUCAUGUCAGUGCAUAUGUUCAUUGGUCCA